AUGAUAAACAAAAAAACAAAAAGUGGUCAAAGCUGAAUCAUCAACAAGCAAAGGAAAUGUACGAUUGAAUAGUUUUGGAACAUCGCUCUAGGCGAGCACAAAGGAAACUCUGGGCCGAGCAACUUAGCAACAUGGAGGAUGUGGAUACUGGUGAAAGGAGAUCGUACGACUAAUUCUUCCAAAUGUUGAGAAUCAUCUCUGUAUCGCAACCUCGCGUCAAGCCUCUCGCCCAUUACGUAUCCAUUGUUUGUUCAGCCUCAACAAGCUAUCUACUACCAUCUAAUUCUCUCAUUCUAGGCUGUUGGCUCCUUGGAUUUGAAUUCUCUCUUCGCCAUUCUCCCACUUAUCCAAACAGAAGGAAGGUAGCUACGACGUUGUUUCCCUUUUCAAUAGAGACCCAAUAGCUCCGCCGAAACUCUUCGUGGUUCAACCUCGUCUUCGUCCUAAUGCAUUUCUGCAAGCAAAGUUAAAUGAGGCUUUGUGUCUUGCAAAUUCUCUAGAAGAACAACGAGAUGGGUAUUUUCAUAUUGAUUUCUUCGACAAGGACAUACCCUCUCACGUCGUAGUUCAAAAUCCUUCUGCAAGAGUGGCCCACGCUGAUACAUAUUUUGGACCAGGGACUGUGGAUACCAUCAAAUGCCAUUUGAAUGCGGCAGAGUCGAAAGUGAAGUUGAUGCUAUUUUUGUGAUGCCAUUCUUUCUGGUAUUCAGCAAAGGAAUCUGAAGCGGGCAUGGGAUAAACCUGUAUUGGAUCGCGUGGGUCUCAUAAUAGAGAUAUUCAAUGCUCAUGCCUACACGAAGGAGGCCAAGUUACAGGCUGAACUGGUUGCAUCAACAAGCAAAGGAAAAGGAAAGAAAAUAAUGAAAGUUGAAUCAUAAAGCAAAAGAAAACAAAAUAAAAUCCGAAGAGAAGAAGAAGGUACACACCUGUUGCCGGCCUUAGCAUGCGGCUGCACAAAUUCGAUUACGAGAACGUUGGUAGGGUAUAACAAUUACCAAUUCACCAGACAGAGAUCCACACCACGCCUUCCCGUUAUCAAUUGUAAGCAAGAUUACUGGAUUUCUAAAGGCAAAUCUCGAUUGCUGAGCAAGAAACAAGCGGAUCAUUCUCAUUUCACCAACUUCAACUGUGAGGGCACCAACAAAUUUACAGACCAUACAAGAUUACAAAUACAAUACAUUUGUGGUCUACUUGAGAAACUCUCAUUUGGGAAUUGAAGCGAUUUGCUAAGAGAGAAAUAAAAAGAGAAAUAGAUUCCAAUAGGCAUGACAGGAUUUGGGCAUGGACUACGUGUACUUCGGAGACAGAUGCAUCUCCUUCAGCAACGUGAAGGUCCAUCAGAGGUUCUAAAGGGAAAGAUCACAGAGUUGGAGAAAUUUAGGAAGAGGAAGAAAAGUACGAAGAAGGAUCAGUUCAUUGUGGACGUUCCUGAAUCAAAAUCUUUCCUUGACACUGCCUCUAUGCCUAUGAUUCUCACUGCUGUUGGAGUUGCUCUCUUUGCUAAACUCCUUAUGAUGUAUGAUGAGUCAAGAUCUGAAGAGCUGAUAGAGCGCAAAAUAAAGAAUGCUCCCCCAGGUCAAGGAACUGUGAGGAUGCUUAGUCGUGAGGAGUGGGAGGAAAUUCGAGAUGUUCGACCAAGAACUCCAUUUGAAUCCAAGCUUGCUCGUCCAAAUGCAAGAAUUAGAACUGGAGAACCUUUACACAUGGAAGAUUUAAAGGAUUGGACAAUUGAUGUACUGUCAGAUGCACUUACUCGGGCUGAAGAAAGUGUAAGGCAUGGUUCCACUUCCAAGUGACUUCAGAGACUGAAGAGUCUCCAUAAGGUUUGGAGAAUUUCAGGCUCACCUCAACUGGUGUUUGGGGCUGUGCUUUGAAGGAUGGUUAGGAAGACAUUUAGAAAUUAUCUUGUUUUUAUGUCUGAUAUGAUAUUGAUCAUGUAGGUCUCCUGUUUGAUAUUUUAUGUAGAGGAUUAUCAGGUAGCGAUGAGUCAGGAUAGAGAAAGUAGGUAAUAAAUUGUGACUGAAUUGCGAAUUGGUGGUGGAAAAGCCUGGAUGGUGGUGGAUAGUUUAUGCAAUUCCAUAAACAAGGGGUUUGGCGGCAGAAACCAGUUGUGAUCGUCCUAUUAUAAUAUCUAUCUCUGGGUAAACCUCGAAGUCAUUCAAAUUUAUUUAUUUAGUUGAACCUCGAAGGAGAAAUUUGAAUUC